AUGUGGAAUUUACCACUAUUAAAGCAAUUAUUUGAUGUGAAGGAUGUUGCUCUAAUUCUAAUUCUAGGGAUUCCAACAUCACAUGUCUCCCGCCCUGAUUCCAUGGGAUGGUUUCUCACUCGGACGGGCAGAUAUUCGGUUAAAUCAGGAUAUGGGUUAGAACAACAAACGCGGCAGGAGAGUACCCCUCUCGUAUUUGGUCCUGACACAAGGUCUCUUCAGGCACAGGUGUGGAAAGUGAAAUGUACUCAAAAGUUACAACAUUUUCUUUGGCAAUCGUUAACGGGUUGCAUAGCGGUGGGAGAUAGGCUAAAAAGUCGGGAUAUUCAGAUAGAUCCCCAAUGUUUGCGAUGUGGGAUGACAGCGGAAACGGUUAAUCACACUCUGUUUGAGUGCCCGCCAGCACUACAGGUUUGGGCGUUAUCGCCCAUUCCCACAGUUCCAAAUAGAUUCCCAACGGGGAGCUUGUUUGCAAACAUGGCACAUCUUUUCUCGGAGCUGCCAAACGAUGAACGGAUGGGUUGUUAUCCUUGGUUACUAUGGUAUAUUUGGAAAGCCCGUAAUGAUAAGGUGCUGGGGAAUGUGGAUUGGGAUCCGUAUGACAUAAUUACAAAAGCCACAGCGGAGGCUUUGGCAUGGGCAAAUGCCAAGGAAAAACAAGAGACCGGAAUUACAAGGGUAGUUCACAGUGUGGAAGCAAUUUCCUCAGGUGUCAAGUGGAUGGGGCAUGGAAGGAAACAGAUUGUAGGGCUGGACUGGGCUGGGAAUAUCACCCCUCCAAACCGAAUUGGAGGCUCUGAUUUGGGCCAUGCAAUGUAUGUUAAGAAUAACAAGGUGGAAAUGGUGUUCGAGACGGACUGUUCCGAUGUGGUGAAGAUGGUGUCUACACCAGAGGAGUGGCCGGCGUUUGCCGUUUUGUUAGAUGAGGUUGACAGAUCCAGAACGAGAUUCACUUCUUUCUCCAUCGUCCACAUACCGAGGACGAACAACACAAAGGCAGACAAGUUAGCACGUAGUGCUCGAACUCUUCCUACUGAUGUGUAUUAUGUAAACUCUGUCUCACCAGCUUGGAUUCCCGAGUUGUUUUAG